AGGUGAGUAGGUCACAUGCCGUCAUGCCCCCAAUUCUUUCUUCCCUCAUUGUUGUCUGUGCAAACCAAGAAGCUUUCGUUUAAUACUUUGUCUUUUUUGGUGCUAUUAAGAUGUAGAGGAGAAUUCCAGAAAAUGGUUUCUUCUAGAACGGACAUACCCAAAGCAACGACUACAUAUUGGGGAUGGUGGUUGAUCGGAAUCGGCUUGGUUUCUUUUGUGGGAUUUCUCUUUGCAGCAGUUAUAUCUAAGCUUCUUCCUUCAUCCGACAAUCCUAUCAUCUCAGCCAUUCAAAAUGACAGGUAUUACUGCGUCCUGGUACCCUUGACUGUUCCUAUACUUGUUGUUGCUGUAUACUUCCAUUGGCUUAGCAUGAAGCUUUUUAAGCAUGCAUGAUACUCGUAGCACAACCUUGAAGCAGUGGAACAACUGAAGGAGAAGGCAAGAAUAAGAGGACGGUUGCCUGGUAUUUUUUAACCACUUGGGUAAAGUGCAAACAUUGUGAAUAGAAAUCUUAUAUCAAUUAGUCGAGUAGCUCUGAAGUUUGUUAUUUCUUUGAUGUUGUGCUACCUUCCCUUAUGAGUAUAUGAGCUGCAUCUUGACUAUUGAUUUCAAUGAGAAAGUUCACAUUGCUUAA